CAGUUAUCCUCUAACCGAUAAUGAAUAACAUCAAAGCCGUGAUUGUGUGUUGCCUCCUGGUGGCCGUCUCCGCCGGUGUUGACCGUAGGAGAGGUGGACAAGGAUCCAACAGAUUCCUUCCUGGAGGCUUCGCUGGCGUCCAUGGAGGCGGUCUCUUCGGCAGCGGUUUCAAUGGUGGUGGAAUCCAUGGUGGAAUUCAUGGUGGUGGAAGUCAUGGUGGCGGUAUCAUUGGUGGAAUACACGGUGGUAGUGGUAUUAUUGGCGGUGGAAUCUCCAAUGGCCCAAGUGAAUGUAGAUAUUGGUGCAAGACUCCGGAAGGUCAGGCCUACUGCUGCGAGACGGUACACGAACCAGAGACACCUGUUGGCACCAAGCCACUGGAUUGCCCACAAGUCCGUCCCACAUGCCCACGUUUCCAUGGGCCUCCCAAUACCUGUUCCAACGACUACAAGUGUGCUGGCCUCGAUAAGUGUUGCUUUGACAGGUGUUUGGGAGAACAUGUGUGCAAACCUCCCUCAUUUUUCAAUAAUCAUCUCCCCUUUUAAAGGUGGUUAUUGCUAGUAUAUAGUCAUCGGUUUUCCGGUUGGUAACGGAAGAUAGAAAAUAUGUGAUUUAUAGAUAUUUAUUUUUGAAUAAUAAAUCCUUAUAUGUUUA